UGUAAAUGUUAUGAAUCACUUCCCCCUGUAGCUAGCUGACUUGUCUUAACUCCAUCUGAUUUCAGUUAGAUAGUUUGACAGCUGCUGCUCCUGCAGGGCCUAAUCAGAUGGAGUACACUGCCGCACAGAGUGGGUUCAGACAGCGUAAGUUACAGCAUAAUAUGCGUUUGAGGAACAGCUCAAUGGAUGGGUCAGAUGGCAGCCAGCUGUUUGACGACACAAGUGCGACAGGGCCAGGGGCUCAAGGAGUCUACAGAAAUCAGCAGGCUGGCCCUCAAGCAGCAGGAGGACUUCCUGGCCAGUCCCUCCUGGCGGACCCCAUGUCCAACCUGGCCAUGGCUUACGGCAGCUCACUGGCAUCCCAGGGGAGGGAAAUGGUGGACAAAAAUCUGGACAGAUUUAUUCCCAUAUCCAAGCUGAAAUACUACUUUGCUGUUGACACGGUGUACGUCGGAAAGAAGCUUGGAAUUUUAGUUUUUCCUUACAUGCAUGAGAAUUGGGAGGUGAGUUAUCAGCAGGACAUCCCUGUUGCCCCGCGCUUUGAUGUCAACGCUCCUGACCUUUACAUUCCUACUAUGGGCUUCAUCACAUACAUCCUGGUGGCUGGUCUGGCUCUUGGUACACAGAACAGGUUUUCCCCAGAGCUUCUGGGAGUUCAGGCCAGCUCGGCGUUGGUGUGGUUGAUCAUGGAGGUCCUGGCGGUCCUGCUUUCACUCUACCUCGUCACUGUCAACACUGACCUCACCACCAUAGACCUUUUAGCCUUUUCAGGAUACAAAUAUGUCGGAAUGAUUUUAGGCGUUGUCGCCGGUCUUCUGUUUGGAAAGCUAGCGUAUUAUCUCUCCCUGCUGUGGUGUUGUGCCGCCAUCUUUGUCUUCAUGAUCCGCACUUUGCGUCUGAAGCUCUUAUCCGAGGCGGCUGCUGAAGGGAAGCUGGUGAGAGGAGCCAGGAACCAACUGAGGAUGUACCUCACCAUGUCCAUCGCAGCGGCGCAGCCCGUCUUCAUGUACUGGCUCACCUACCACCUCAUCAGAUAGAAGCUUCAACUCUCACUUUUGCAGGAGAAGAACUCUGCUGUCUGCAUGACAUCAUCUCAGAAACAGAAACACAAACUCUCCUCAAACACAGAACCACAUCGCUAAACUCACCGGGCAAAACGCUCGCUACCAAACAACAAAGAGGUGAGACAUUUCUGCCUCCGCCUCUGAGCACAGCCACGUUGUUAGUUUUGCUUUUUUUUUUUACAUUUAAUGUCUUCAUAUUUUGUAGCAAGAACAUGUGGCUUUAAUUGCUCUGCGUCUUUACUGCAUAAUUGCAUGUUUACUAUGAUUUUUUUUUUAUAAAUAUUUAUGUACGUCUGUGAAUUAAGUCAUUACGUUGCAGAUUUUGCUCGUCUGGUCAUCGCAGGUGUUUUAUUAAAGACUGCACAAAGAAAGCACAUUAGCCUCACAUUUACCCCGCCACCUGAUGCUAUGAGCAAACUCUAAUCCAGGUUGCUACCUGAUCGGCUAGCUUUUCCUAAAUAUUUUGUGUAACUUUUUCUGUCGCUUCUUUACUGAGAAAUGUCAGACCCUGUGGAGAAAAAGUUUACAUGACGAAUGCAGCUUCAAAUGUUUAACCCUUUAGUUUGUGCUCCGUGACAUGUGCGAGGUUUGUAAGAGCGGACGUCUUGGACAGAGACCUGCUGGAAGGAACGAUGUUAGAUGCAAAAACACAAAGAUAGACUGUAGAAGUUUACUGCUGAAUAAAUGUAAUUUAAUAUCAGACAUUUUUAUGUUUCCAAUAUUAAGGUUUAUUUCCAGCCCAGGUGUAAUUCACAUUGACAUGAAACUUCAAAUGAGCUCCUUCAUUGCUACUGAAGCUUUUUUUAAUGAGCACUUAUUUAAAUAUGAAGCAUUUUGCCUAGAAAGAUGCAUUCUUUUAUCGCUGCGACGUGAUGCUGACUGGGAGUCGAAGUUUACCGGAAGAAGGAAAGAUGAUAAAAUGAAGAAACUGAACAAUGAAAGUGAUGUAAAAAUUGGUUUUUAAACUGUUUGUAGCUAAAUUUGCACAACAAAAUGCCCCAAAUGUGCUGAAUUCUUGCAAAAAUAAAAAAACAAAUGAAAACUGUCCCAGACCCGUGAAGCAAAUCAGAAUUUACACAUCACCAUGUUGGACUCAGAUGUACAUUUUUAUCACUGUUCUGUUUAUUUAAUAUUUUUUGUCAAAAUAAAGAACUGUAAGACGUU